UUUUUAUAGAGAAUAAAUUAAGGUCAAAAAAAGUCGAUCAAAGGCAUUUUAAAUUUAACGUAUUGGAAAAAACUCUACAUGAAAGUGUACCUAAAAGAAAUCUCAUUUCUGAUUUAAAUUUUAGACUUUUCUUGCAGUUUUAUAAAUCAUGUUUUGCUUUAAAUUAUUCUUUGUGCUUUUCAAAAUGGUACAAUUAAUUUGGUCAAAGGAGGCGUUGUUAAAAGCUAUAUAUUGGGAACAAAAACCGUUUAUAUUUAAAAAUUCAGACGGAUAUAUUGAUGGUAUAAUACCAAAGAUAUUUCAAGAGGGAGAGAACUAUUGUAAAAAUGAACUUGAAAAUUAUACUCUAAUAUCUUUUCAUAAACAACUUCAGUCAAGAAAUAUGUAUAUAAAUCUUCUGCGUUCAAACGUGCAAUAUGGCGAAAAGGACUUGCUAGAAUUUAAUAAAGAAAAUACUAUUUGGUUUCCAGAUGAUUCUUUCACUACAAAACAAAAUAAAAGUGUAAAAGAUAAAGGUUUAAUCUUAUUUGAAUUUAUUAAAUCCGAAGGUCUUGCUGUUAUUGUUCCGCGUUAUAUGAUUUCGUUGCCAAAUAAAAUGGUCCGCGGAAUUUAUGCUUGCCGUCAGAUACUUACUCUGGCUUUUAUGUUAGCAUUACUCUUCGGCAUGAUAAUUUGGUUUGCCGAAUGCACUUACAAUAAUGAGUUCUCGCCAUUUUUCUUUAAAGGCGCAGGUACUGGUUUUUGGUGGAGCUUUGUUUCAAUGACUACGGUAGGAUACGGAGAUAUUGUACCUCGGUCGAUUGCUGGUAGAAUGAUAGCUUGCUUCUGGUUAUUUAUUGGAGUAGUCAUUGCUGCACUUAUGACGGCUACCGUUAGUGAAACUAUUCAUGGUUUAGAUGGUUUAAAUAUUCGCGAGAAAAAAGUUUCUGUACUAGAGGACUCAUACGAACUAAGAGCAGUAAAAGAAAUGUAUGCUGCAGACGUUGUACCUGUUGAAUCUUACAAAGAAGCUUUAAACUUGGUUAGAAAUGGUACAGUGUUUUCCGCUGUUAUCAACGCUGAUGUUGCAGCAUGGCUCCAAAAAGAGAUAAUUGAUGAUAACCAGGAUGUUCCAUUGCGCAUUAUUACUGUAAUUCCUGCAACACUGUACAUAAACUGUCUCAUACCCACAAAUCUAUCAAAAUCCGCAAAAGAUGUAUUUAAUUGCAUGUUUGAUCAAAGGGACGAGGUUUACACUCGUCCUUACGAGCAGUUUCAAAAGAAUUGUCACAAUGAGACUUUGUACAUUGAUUCAAUUACCGAAAUGUUUCAGAAAAGCACGCUAUAUCAACUUAUUCUAGGAUUCUUGGUCGUCUUAGUUUGUUUAGGACUGGGAUUUGAAUUGUGGACGCGAGGAAAAGCUUGUUCUAAAAAGCCUAAAACUUAGUAAAAUAAAUUUGUUUCAGUUUCUAUGCGUGAAAAGUUUUUGUUUCAUUCCUUGUCAACAGAAUAUGGAGAAUCUUAGCUCUCUAUGGACUAUGUUGGUGAUUGGUUUACUAUUAAUUUUGAAGAUUAAUGAAUUUUUAAUAAGAUUAUUGUGAAUGUUUGUUUUUUACGAUAGGUUCUUGUUUAUUGUACAGCAAUUUCUCGCAUUACUAUGGUUAUUAAUGCUAAUUUUUUGUUCUUUUAUGAGACAUUUUUAGUUGAUUUUAAAUAAUAUAUCGGCAUAGCUUUA